AUGGAAGAAGGACAUGGCGUGGCAGAGGAAUUUGAACACUUGGACGUACAGCGCCACAACAAGCCUUUGCAUUUCUUUUGUGUUUGCCAUUUGUGUUUUCUUCUGGACAAAUCUCAAGUUCUCACUCAUUUCCGCAUGGAUAUCUAUCGACGCAAAGGUUUCGACCACAUUCCGCCUCCAGAGGAGAAAGCGGAUGGGAACAAGCAACCGAUGGUGGCAUACUCGGUGCAAUACCUCGACAGAGAAGGAGGAGAUAUAGGCACACAACCCCAUCCCACCACCUUUGACCUCGAUGUCGCCCGCCACGCUGUCCUGAAGUUCAAAGCCUCGGUAUUUGGCGUGGUGACCGUGCUGAAGACUUCUCACUCACCAGAGGCCUUCAGGUACCUCUCAGAUGAAUCGAGACUCGACAGGCUAUCCCAUAUCCUGAGUGACGCGUCCAUCACUGUGAAUGUGCAUGCGACAAAGAUCAUAAUCGAAUCGCAAGCUCUCGUCAACGCUAUUCGCACGGUUGUCCGCUACUACCCCCAGAUUGAUCUAGAAGGGAAAUCAUUGGAGCUUGAUGAGCCGUAUGCGGUCAUUGGGCAUCAUUUGAGGGAGCUUGAGAGCUUGCGUCAAGGUCCACAGGAUAGCGCGUUGGACCCCAAGACCACAGAACAUCUCGGACUACUCCUCGACUAUCUCCACACCAAUGUUUACAAGGACAAGAUAGAUGCUGAACGCAUCCUGCAUCUCAAAGAUCUCUGCACCUUCCAGAUGCUCUGGCUUUUGUUCAAGCCUGGCACUACUGUCUACCUCGAGUUCCGAGGUAACCUUGAGGCCUAUGUGGUACAGUCGGUGGUAUCAGACCCUGCCAUACUUUCCGACGUGAAGCAACGCCUUGAACCCUACAAAAUCAAGCUGUGGUCUUUGAGAUACGACGGGCGGUUCGUCGGCAGAACUUCGACUGAGGUUGUUCUUCCCCCGUUUGGGGGGGAACGUGCAAUUACUUCAUUGAAAGUGUUUCCUUGUGAGUAUCGUGACAAAACUGAUGGCGGCAAGACCAAAAGACAGUUGGAAGAGAACGGUAGAAAGUGGUACAACCUUUUGCUUGGCAAGCAGAUGCGUUACCAUGGCGAGCUGUUUGACCAACGCUCGCUGGAAGCUAGACUCCAGACCAAAACAACGACUCGAAUCGCGACGAGCCGCAACCAUCGGAGAGCGCCUUGA